UUGGUUCGAGAGCAGGAAGCCGGUCUUCAAGCCUUUUUGGCCCUUGAUGGAUUCUCAGUGCUGAUGAGAGGCAUGCAGUCUGAAAACGAGAAGCUCCGGACAAAGUCUGCUUUCCUUCUGCUAAACCUGUUGACCUCACAUCCUGAACAGAAAGAGCCUCUGGUGUCUAUGGGGAUGGUGCAGCAGCUGGUGUCCGUUCUCCGCUCGCCACACUCUCAUUUCCAUGAACAUGUUCUUGGUGCACUCUGCUGUUUGGUUGAGGACUUUCCAAAAGGAGUGACAGAAUGCCAGAUCCCCGCUCUGGCUCUGGAGGAAUUACUCAGACAGAGAGCCAAAGAUCUCCAAGGAAAAGAAGAAAGUCAAGAAGAGCUCGAGUUCUGCGAGCNUUAUUGUACACAAAGUUGGAUGUUCAAUCAUUUACUUAACAAUUCAAAGAUUUGGUGA